GUUCACGAGAGAUGGCGCUGCGGUCGCGACAUCUGUCAUUUAUUGUUUGCGUCUCUUGUGGUGUGCGUCGUUGUUUUGGUUUAGUUUGAAAGAAAUUGGAAAAUUAAUCCAGUAAUUAAUUGAUUUUCGUCCGUGUCGUUAAUUAAACUAACGCCUUUGGAUAGAAACAGGGAUGUAGGGGAUCCCGGAUGAACUGGACAAAGCGUUAAUUUGACUGCAAAAACAACUAUGAAUUCGUUCAGCAAUAAAAUUCAGGAUUACGCAGUUUUGACAUUAUUGGGACGUGGAGGAUUCGCCUCCGUUUACAAAUCAAGAUGUUUGAAGACUGGGAUAGAAGUGGCUAUAAAAAUGAUCGACAAGAAAUUGAUGCAAGAUGCUGGGAUGGUGGAUAGGGUACUGCAGGAGGUGGAGAUUCACAGCCGCCUGAAGCACCCAUCCAUAUUGGAACUGUACACAGCUUUCGAGGAUGCCAAUUAUGUCUAUCUUGUAUUGGAGCUUUGUCAUAAUGGGGAACUGCAGCAGUACUUGAAGAAGAACACUGAGUAUAACGUUCUGACGGAGGAUGAGGCGAGAGUUGUGAUGCAGCAGGUCGUCGAAGGGUUGCAGUAUUUGCAUCGGCAUAACAUACUGCACAGGGACAUGUCUCUUUCAAAUUUGUUGUUGACCAAAGACAGACAAAUCAAAAUAGCUGAUUUUGGUUUGGCGACGAAGCUGGCCUCCCCGGAAGAAAAGCAUAUGACCAUGUGUGGUACACCGAAUUUCAUUUCGCCGGAGGUGGCUUCUCGUGGAUCUCACGGUUUGGAGGCGGACGUUUGGGGUUUGGGUUGUCUCUUGUACAGUUUACUGGUGGGUCGACCGCCCUUUGAUUCGGAAGCUGUGAAGAGCACUUUGACGAGGGUCGUUAUGGCAAGCUACGAAAUGCCCGCGCAUCUCUCCAGCGAAGCAAAGGAUCUCAUACACAGACUGCUGCAGAAGAACCCGAAAGACCGCAUCGAUCUGAUGAUCAUGCUCGACCAUCCUUUCAUGAAGAAGCAAGGGAUGAUGCUGGGUGGAAUGACUUCUCAUUUAACGCAAGACAGCGGUAUAAUGACUAUGUCCAGUCGCAGAAACAGCGCUCUGAGUAGCGGGAUGCAAGUCGAUGUGCAGACGAGACGAACCAAUAGUGAUUGUUUAAAUUACGGUCUGUUUCACGGGAACAACGCCCACAGCGCCAAUCAGAACGAUUAUUACCAGCAAAAGUAUUCCUCCGCGGAUGCUCUCUGGCAAUCGGAUCAGCAAAGGGGGACCAGUGGAGGAGGACUUUUGUCGCAGAUCCAAUCGCAGGCCAGUUCGUAUCUACAGCAGCAGAACAUGAUGAAUGUCUACGGACAUCCCACCGAUCCCGGAGGAGGAAACGAUCAUCAGAUGCUUCUGCCUCCAUCCAUUUCCUCAAGCAGCAAACCCACGUAUUCACGAAACUUCAACGAUGAAGCUCCGACCAGGUUCUUGCAGGAGAACCGCGCUUUUGGAAGUUUCGCGAAUGUUGCUCCUGUUGUCUCAAACAAACGUAAGCAGAAAGAGGGUCCAAUCAAAUUGAGUUCUCACAGGUUGGUGCCCACCCAUCAUCAAACCAAGAAUGCAAUUCUCAGUAUUUUGGAUGGAGGAGAAAUCUGUUUACAGUUUAUCAAGAAGCAGCUCGGUUACUCCAAGGAAAUGGUCUUCGAGGUGUGCCGGAUAUCACCGGACGGCGAGCGAAUCAUAAUAUACGAGCCGAACGGUGGACGGGGCGUGCCACCGGCAACCACGCCUCCCGAACUGCCGCCUCAAGGAACCGAUCAGAUUUUCAGCUUCGAUGGUCUUCCGAAGAAGCACUGGAAGAAGUACAUAUACGCGUACCAGUUUGUGGAGGUGAUCAGGGGGAAGACGCCGAAAGUCACCUACUAUACGGACAAGGCGAAGUGCAUCCUGAUGGACAAUCUCAUCGACUUUCAGGCUUCAUUUUACGAAGGUGGUAAAGUGACGUGGUCCGCGAACGAUGAGCUGACGCUGAUCGAUUCUUCCGGUGCGAGCAGGAAAGUUCAGGGGGUGGAGCAAUGCCGUUACCUGCCUUCCGGUUUGGAGCUGAUGUGGACGCACGCCCGCGACUCUCGCAAUCACUGCAUCCUAUUGGAGCAGACGCUCUCCAAGAUUCCGGGGCCUUGCAAUUUUCCAAUAGUCGUUGGCCGAAAACCCAGCGGGAAGGAGAACCAACAUGUGGCGCAAAGCGUUGUCCCGUCCUUCACGAUGUCCAUGUCGAACAGUACCGUUCCCACGUCAACGCAAACAAGCGCGGCCGGCUGUGACAACAAGGUGGUCAACAUACCGGACGUUGGCACGGCGGUUCGGCUGCCUGAAGGACAGGUGCGCGUGAACUUCCCAGAUGGUUCGCAACUGGGAUUCGACGGAAAGCACGCCCCUCAAUAUGUGUACCCGGAUGGGAGGAUGUUCAACUGCACCGAAACCGUCUGCAUACCGAGUCACGUGCUUGAGAAGCUCCAGCUCAUACCGAAAGUCAUGAAGUACAUGUCCGCAUCAAGCAACGGCAAUAACAAUUACAAAGUGCGUUCGAUUCGGUGAUGAAUGGUCAUCGUCAUCAUUAUCACCGUUCAUCUAUCAUACCCUUUCAAGACUAUAUGCAAAUUAAGUUUGCGUUAACUAUUAAGAUUGUAAAACCAUUUCUCUAUAUAUUUCUUUUUUGUUUUCAAUAUUUAAAAUAAUAAUGAUUCGU